GUUAUUUCUAUGUCUUUGUUACCUAAUUUUUUAAUUUAUUUGAUGUAUUUCAAUCAACUAGGUCUUGUGUCCUACUAUUUCUAUUUUUUUAUUUUAAUUUUCUUUAAUUUCUAGUGUUCUUGUGCUCUGAUAUUCAUUAUGUUAUGAUUUUGAUCUUAUUUACAAUAUAUUUGGGAAUUUCAAUUAAUUAUAGUCUAAUCUCCAAUUCUAAGCUUAUAACCUAGCUUUAAAUUUUUAGAAGCAACUCAACCGGAGCUUGCAUUUCCGACUUUUAUGAUUUGUUUGAUAGCAUGUAUCAUACACCUUCACUGCAUUUACUAUGCAUGCUAUUAUUGUGCUAAUAGCUUAUGCUUGAUAUACCAGCUAGCAUUAAUCAAAAAUCAAAUUUUAAAGCAUAUGCAUUAGCAGCAAGCAAACUUCGUUGUCAGAAUUUGAUUAGUUAAAUCCAUUUAAAAUUAUGGCAAUUGAUAUUGUUGCUUGAUUGUAGAGAUAUAAAUUAUAUUGCGUUGUUUGAUGGAGGACAUUGUCUCGUCCUUGUGCAUUUUCCUUUGUUAGAUUAUCACUUUUGUAUAAGUUUAAUUUGAAGAGUCCCUUAGGGAUUGAUAAGUUUAAUUUUGUUGUAUCUAGGGUGACUUUUGUGAGGGCUGACAUUAGAGUUACUCUUUAGUAUAACAUUUUUGCAUUUAAAGUGUAUUGAGCUAUUAUCAUACUGUUAAUAUAUCUUUGUGCUAGUAGAAGAGAUAAGGGAAUGACGAUCGAAACUACUACCAAGCAACUUGAUGGAAACAUAGUCAAUGAAUGCUAUCUCUCCCCCUCUCCCUAUGAGAAUACUAUGUCAAUUUCCUUAAAUAUGUGACUGUAUUGCCAUUGUUUAUGAUAAAAAUGAAAAGUGUUUAAUUUCAAGGCUAUUAGCUCAAAUGGUAGAGCAAUGUGCUAUAGGGUACAUGGUGUAGGUUCAAGCCCUACAUAACCCUACAUAAUACAUUAAUGGUGUGAUAUUGGUCAUUCUUAUAACUUGUAACAAGCGUAGCGCUCUUGGUUAGGAUCAGUUAAGUGCUUUUGAUAAGGGUUACUUUUGCCUUAAUUUGGGCCACUUUCAUCCUUAAGGUCACUUUUGUUCUUGUUAGGGUAACUUUUGUCCAUGGUUAGGGUCACUUUUGCCUUAAUUAGGGCCACUUUUAGCCUUAAGUAAAGUCAUUUUUGUUCUCGUUAGGGUAACUUUUAUCCUUGAUUAGGGUCACUUUUGCCUUAAUUAGGGUCACUUUUAAACUUAAGUAAGGUCAUUUUCGUUCUCGUUAGAGUAACUUUUAUCCUUGGUUAGGGUCACUUUUAGCUUUAAGUAAAGUCAUUUUUGUUCUCGUUAGGGUAACUUUAAUCCUUGGAUAGGGUCACUUUUGCCUUAGUUAGGGUCACUUUCACAAUUAAGUAAGGUCACUUUUGUUCUUAUCAAGGUCACUUUCACCCUUAAAUAUGAUCACUUUUGUUCUUGUUAGGAUAAUUUUUGUUCUUAGUUAGGAUCACUUUUGCCUUAAUUAGGGUCACUUUCACCCUUAAGGUUACUUUUGUUUAAUGUAACUUUUGUUCUUGGUUAGUGUCACUUUUGUCAUUGGUUAGAAUCACUUUUGCCUUAUUUAGGGUCACUUUUAUCCAAAAUGGUUUAAAGUAAUCUAUAUUGUUUGAAUGCUAGCUAGGUAGUUGGUUCAAGAAAGUUAAUAGCCUAUGUAGGAUUCGAACCUACAUCCUCUGUGCGACAGAGUGCUCGACCAAUUGAACUAAUAGGCUAUAAGACAACACUAAAUUUAUACUUCAUAUAAAGUAGUCUGAAACUUGCAGACUAAAUUGAACUAGUUUAUUAUUUACUGCACAUCAAAUCAAGCAAUAUAAAAAAGCAAAUUGGCAAAAUGAAAAUUGCAAAAAUUUGAUGCAGCAAUGCUUCCGAGACAAACUAAUGAUUUCAAGUAGUUCUAUAAUACAAAAAUCAACAUUAUUUUAGUAUUAAUUCAAUCCCACCCACUGUUCAAAGACUAGUUGCAAAUUUAUUCAACCAGCCAUAUAAACAAUUCUUUAAGCAAGCCUUCAAUAAUAAAUUCACAAUUUCAUAUACGUAGUAGAUUAUAGUUAAUAAAAAGUCAAAAUUAACACCUAAACACUAUGUUUAUAAUGGUAUAAUCAUUAAUCUCAGAUUCUCAGACUCCUGAAUUUUGUUAGUUUAUCAAUUAUCACCCCUAAAUUGCUGCUUUAGGUAUUUCUACACAUAUUACAUCAAAUGCAUUAUUAAUUUCAAUUUAUCAAAAGAUUGAUUAUGGAAAAGUUACCAGUUGAUGUACUUGAUUUACUUAUUUUCUCUUAUAUUUCUUUAGUUGCAAGAUCGAGGAAUAUUCAUUCAGAAUGUUAGUAAACGAAAUAUGAAAAGUAUAUUACCUAGAAUUAACAAAUUAGCAUAAGAAAUUCAAUUAUAAACGAAAAAUGAAGAGUAUAUUACCUAGGUUUUGAUUUCCCCCAAAUUGUGAACUCGAAUUUCUGUCUUCAUCAUCAAUCCUCCUAUCCGAAGCAAUCCUCUUCAAUUGUAUUGUUUAAAUCGAUUUCCAGUCCAUUUUUCAAUUGAUUUCCCAAUAUUGGAGAUUGAAUAUGUCGUUGCCACUUGCCAAUGUAAAAAUCGUUGUAUCGAUUUUUUACAAUUUGAGAAAUUGAAUGCACGCUUGUUGUUUGUGUUAGGUUUUCAGCAAUUCUACACAAUAAGAAUUACUUAAAGAUGGUGGAACAAAACCCAAGCAGUGUAUAAAUAAUGUUUAAUUAUACAACAAUCAAUACUAAUCAAAGUAUUACAAACCAAACACCAAUGUCAAAGUAAUUCAGAAAUUACAAAGAAAACACUAAUGUGAAAAAUUAUACACUUGCCUCACUCCAAGCCAAAGAAACCACCAAGAACAUGAGAAUACCAAGGACCACGUGAGUCUUCAAUACCGGAUACUUGUCUAAGGCGUGUAAACACUUUCCUAAAGUGAUUAUUUCCCCACCACGGUGCUUGGGUUGAAACUGGAAAAUCACUUUCAGAUACAAUAGACAACACUACAAUCUUUGCACUAAGAUUUGUAGCAAGAUGAUCAAAUUCUCAAAGAUUAACUUAAUUGAUAAAGUUUUCUAAAAGAGAUUGCAAGUUUCUUAGAGAAAAUUGUGAAGAAGAGUGAAAAACUUAGAGAGGAAAAACAGAGAGAGCAAAAAACCUUAUCAGUUAUUCUUUUAAUUUCGCAAUUAAAAGAACAAUCGAAACCGCAACUGCCAGGGCCGCGGGCGCGGCAUCCAGUAGGAGCGGGCGCUCCUCAUGGCCCCGCGGGCGCGGACAGGGAAAUCCCAGAUUUCACCCAACUUUCUGGAGAUGCCCGGCCGCGCCCAUGCCGCGGGCGCGGCUCAUAAAGCCACGAGCACGGCUUUUCGUGGCUUCCCAGCCGCGGCCUCUCCAUUAAAGGAAAGGGCUCUCUUCUACCACACUCUAAAUUUCUAACAGUUUGAUGAUUUGUAAUUCUUUCUGCCAUGGUUGAUUGAAACUCGUAGAUCAUAGGGUUUUUUUUCCUUUAUCAAUGGUGGAUUUUUCCACAUUCUCCUCCAUUGUUGCUAGGUUUCGAACCCUCUCUUUCCUCAGCUUUGUGGUCUAUCUGAAAUUUUUAACUUAUCUCUACUAUUCACACGUGCCAAAACCGGAUUUACAUUAAAGUUAAAUGUAAACCGAGUGCAUGUAAAAACUUUUGACUUAAGAAAUGUGAUAAUUUUUGUAAAGUAUUGCACUUCCUUUUUUGGCAAAAUAAAUUGCAUUUUAUUAGGAGCAAUUUCCCUAAAAAAAAAAAAGCCCAAAAAUUGAAAAAUAUCAAAAUUCUUAAAUUAAGUUUUUUUUUUUAAUUACUCUGUAUUUUCUACUUUAUUGUCGACGUCAGCAUAGACAUUUAUUUUUGGUUGUAAAAGAGAGAGGCAAACCCCUAAGAAAGACAAAAGGCAAACCGAAAACAACGAAAUCAAACAAUAGUCACUUUACCCAAAUCCUCCAACAAAACGAUCUAAAAAUUUAGUGAAAUGCUAAAUACCGCUAUCCAAAUUUAUCGCCACCGCCAUCAUUUCAAGCAAACUGACAAUCAUGCCCUUACUAAACCCUAACCCAUUUUCCACCCUUAUUUUUUUUUCUCUCUCCUCAAACAUCAACCACCCACCUUUUUUAUCAUACAACCUCCACAACCACAUAUUUGGGGUUUACCAGAAAGCAAUUGGCAGCGCGACCUCAGGCAGUGGAGGCGGCAGCGGAAUGGGUGGAAUGGAGGUAAGUAGUUUCCGUUUUUUUUUUUUUUUAUGCAAUAAGUGGCCAUGGUAACCGGAGCCCAAAAUCGGUUACCGUCCACGGUAACCGGAGGUUAAAACCUGUUAUCCUGGAGCUCCGGUUGACCUCCGGUUCGUUUUCCGUCGAGCCACCUUGAUCACCAUCCAUUUCUCGUCGACUUUCACCGUCGUUGUGGCUGUCUGGUGUAGAAGGUGGUGGUUGACACAGUUGUGGUUGAUGGACUAAUGUUAGAGAAAGAAAAUGGGAAAAAAAGUUAGUAAGGGCAAGAUUGUCAGUUUGCUUGAAAUGAUGGCGGUGGCGAUAAAUUUGGAUGACGGUAUUUAACACUCCCAAAAUUUAUCAUAUUUGUAUUUAUGACUCCGUAGUAUUUAUUUUACUGGUUCAUAUUAAAUUAGCGAUACUAUCUAGAAAUUAUAAACAUGUGUUGCUUUUGCAACAAAGUUUGGUUUGAGGAGAGAAUUCCCAAGGUUUCUCCUUGGGAGGGUUUUUUUAGUUCCCUCUAGGGUUUUCCGUUUUUCUAGCCUUUAUUGCUAGGUUUUUUCAGUUUUUUUUUAAGGUUUUCCUUCACCCUUCUCUCUUAUUCUCUUUCAUCUCUUUUCUUCCUGAUCUCAAUUGUGAAUCUUGUUAGGAGCUUCCACUGGUAUUUUUAUCGGUGGUAAGCACCAAAAACUUUUUAAGUGCUUUCAAUAAAUUGAUCCCAUCUUUAAGAUGGUGGUUAUUCUAUUAGGUUUAAUUUCUUUGUUUGUUCGUCUAGCGAGGAUUGAAGAUCUAGUAUUUUAUAAUUUCUGAAAUCUAGAAGACCAUAUAAGUAUUAUCACACAAACAACUCUGCAUCAGUGGAUUUCAAGCCGAAUUAGUGCUAACUCACAUAUUGUAUUGCUUCGUAUGAGGUUUUAUAUUAAGGCGAUUGUUGAUCGAAUCUACAAUGUUAUUAGUUCUAAGAUGAUAUGUAUUUGUGUUAAAAUUUUAGAUUUCUUCGAAAUUAUUUGUAAGUGCCGUUUGGCUAUCUUUUAUUAAUGAAAUUUCCUAUUUCUUUCUGUUAAACAAAAAAAGUUUGGUUUGAGACCUAACCCCUAUGACACAGAACACAUAUAACGUAACUUUAGAAAGGGAGAUUGGGAAACUGUUCCCGCAGUUCUUCAGAGUUCAAACUCUAGGUGUUUCUAGAUUGGAGGAGAUCUAAUAAAGAGCAAAAAGUUGGAUUGCCUUUGAAUAGCAGGAAUUUUAAGUGUGGAAUCAUUGUUUAGGAUGCUUUUUAUAUCUUAUAACUAAUACAAGUAAAUCCAUGCUCUCAAGCGUUGCUUCACCACAAGCCAUGAUUAGAAACCCAAUAAUUGCAGCCAUGAAUUACACAAAGAAGAAAGCUGCUGUACUUUACCACUACCCUUGCCCUGAUGGCACCUUCGCGGCCCUUGCAGCACACCUUUAUUUCUCUGCUACUUCCUCCCCAGUUCAAUUUUUUCCAAAUACUGUCUACAGUCCUAUCAAGGCAGACCAGUUGCCUUUGCAAGAAAUCGGUGAUGUUUAUCUUUUAGAUUUUGUUGGACCCUCUGGGUUUGUUGCUGAUCUCUCAUCCAAGGUGGAGAAAGUGAUCAUUCUAGACCAUCAUAAAACUGCACUCCAGACUUUAGGUGGUGAAACCUCAUUGGGUGAGAAUGUGACGAAGGUGUUAGAUAUGGAGAGGAGUGGGGCAACAAUUGCUUAUGAUUACUUCAAGCAGAAGCUUAGUGAAGGAAAUGGAGGCAGCCAUGAGUCCGUGCUUGCUGAGUUCAAUAGAAUGAGAAAACUUUUCGAGUACAUCGAGGAUGGAGAUCUUUGGAAGUGGCGCCUUGAGAAUAGCAAAGCUUUCAGCAGUGGGUUGAAGGACCAGAAUUUAGAAUUUGAUUUUCAGAAAAAUCCCUCCGUGUUUCAGCAGUUGCUCUCACUAAACCUUGAAUCUGUUAUAAAUCAAGGUAUUAUAAGCUUAGACCAUAAGCAAAAGUUGAUUACUGAUGCUCUUGAGCAAUCUUUUACAAUCAACCUUGGAGGUGGGGUAUUUGGGCAUUGCCUAGCUGUCAUGGCAGAUGAAGCUCUUUCAGAAUUAAGGAGUGAACUUGGGAAUCAGUUGGCUUGUAAGAGCCAAGACCAGAACUUAAGGGGCAUCGGAGCUAUUGUUUACAAAGUUCCCAAGCUUGGAAAUGACCAGAUGUUUAAAAUCAGUCUUCGGAGUGUCAAAAGUGAAGACACGACUCCUAUUUCAGAGAAAUAUGGUGGUGGUGGACAUCGUAAUGCUAGUUCAUUUCUGCUAAGAUUGGCUGAUUUUGAAGCAUGGAAGAUGAACAGUUGAUGUUUUCUUUGUUAAUUUUGUCAAUCAACAAAUUUUGUAGAUGUUUAGUUGGCAGUGUUAAAUACAAUUACUCUAUCAUUUAUAUUAAAAAAAAAAAAAAAUAGAAACUAACUUAGGCAUGUUUACUUAUGAUUUAGAUUUUGAAGUCCUACAUUUUGUAAGAGAAACCUAUAAUGUCAGUCUUCUUGAGAAGAGCACAGGCCAGGGUGUGUGCCUGUAUUACUUCUCCAAUUUUGCCAACUUCAA